AUGUUAUUUGUCGGUAAUUUGGUAGGCUACUGUCUCCUGAUGAUGUGUCUCACAUGUGCAUUUGGUCUUGAAUGUAAAUCACAAUCAAUUUACGAAAGUCGGAUUUUACACUGUGCCUGUGACGCUCCAAAUAUAACAUGGACGUUGAACUCUUCUCGAAUUACCAAGAAAUUGGAAGACGGUGGUAUCUACAAAUGUUUUGACUCCACUGACGAAACCAAAGAAUGCAGUUCAGUAUGUCUGAAAGCAGAUGAUCCUGAACUGUAUUAUAAGGCUAUUCACGACCAAUCUAUUCCUGAUGUGAAGGAAGAUGAGCAAGAAAGACCCUACUGGCAUCAAAAAAUGAAAGCUAUUCCAGAGGUCUAUGAAUUUUCUUCAAAACCACUCAAACUUGCUUGUUAUUUUUACAUCAAGAAUAACUCAGUUACACCCCUGGUUCAAUGGAUUAUGCCAUCCGACCACGACAACUUGAUUGUACAUCAUUCAGAGCAAUUUAUUAGGCUAAAUUGCAGUUCACUCACGGAAACUCAGCGUAAUCUAACUGGGAGCUGCUAUGUAACAGAAAUUACGAUUAAUUCAGUCAGUGGAACUGAUUCUUUUGACUGCAUUGUUCGAACACCAAACCAUUCAGACACUAUCACUAACUCGUUUACAGUUCUGCAGAAAUUGAAUCACAUAUUUUUUCCUUAUUCAAGUGAUACAGAGUUCGAAGCACCGAAUUUCGAAUUAAUCGAUGAAUUACGUUCACCAAAUGAAGUUGGUUCUGGUAAUGUGAAUAACGAUGAUGUACCUUCUGAUUGGUUCAGUGUAACAAACAAAAAGAAUUUAGAUUUGUCAACGCUCAUUUUAACAAAUUACACUGAGUUUCAAUUCUACUUGUUAAAUAAUGUAACUUGUUUAUCCAAAGAGGUAAAUCUGAUAUGUCGUAUUCCACGGACAUUAAGUCAACUUGAAGUGUGGUAUUUAGGUCAGUAUGACAAACAGCCUAGGCUUUUGAAAAACUCGAAAACAUCCGAUUCUUUAAUAAUCAAUGAAAAGCGUCAUGUAUCAUUUGACAAUAGCAUUACAUUAAAAUUAGAAAAUUUGUCCCAUAGUGAUAGUGGAUUGUAUAUAUGCAAAAAUGAUUUCUUUUAUAAAAAUAUUACAAUUGCAGUUAUGGAUUGUUCACAAUCAAAUUUUAUCCUUAGAUUCCUUCCACCAAUUCUUAUUUGGAUAAUUAUAUUUAUAACAAUUUCAAUUAUUCCUCUAUCAUUAAUAUAUUGUAUACGAGUUAGGCGAAAGUCAAUGCACACUGUGCUCUCUAUACCUAUUGAUUUUUUGGAUAAGCAUGCAAAAUCAAAACGUAGAGAUGUUUUCUCCAAAAUGAAUUUACUAUAUACAACCCCAACACAUAAAUUACUACUGCAUCAUUCUGCCUCCUCUACAUCGUCGUCUCCAUCAUCAUCUCCAUUAUCACCUUGUACUAUGUAUUCUCGAUCUACUUCUUCUAACAUCAGUAACUUCGAUAACGAUACAAAACUUCAGAUAACAGAUAUACUAAUGUCAUUUUCACAAAGAUUGUUCUGUCAACAAUCAAAAUAUUUUUCAAAAAACCACAACAUUCUUUACUGUAACGUAAUGUUGUUACAAUGGUUAUAUCAGUAUUUGAAUACUAAUCCCAAAACGUAUAUACCGAGGUCUUCUUUUAAAUUAGAAAAUCUCCUUGGUGAGGGUAAUUACGGAAUUGUCUACAAAGGGAAACUAUGCAUUAAUUCUGAUGACGAAAGCAAUUCUAAUAAUAUUGAGGUUGCUGUCAAAACGUUGAAAGAUGGAUUUCGUAAUCGACAAUUAGUUAAUUUAAUUCGAGAAGCAAAAAUUUUAAGUGAACUAGAACCACAUCCAAAUAUUAUAACAUUUUAUGGAAUAUGCAUAGAUCAUAAUCAUCCAUACAUUCUUCUCGAAUUAGCUGUCUAUGGUAAUUUACGAGAUUUUCUACGAAAUCGUCGACCACCUGGAAUUAAUUUUUGGGCAGAUGAACGAAUGGUCAGUUCAUCAUAUGUAACAGUGGCAAAUUCGACCGAUUUAAAAGAAUUAUUAACUGAAAGUUCAAUUCAACAAUUAAGAAUCGAAUUGAUAAAAUAUGCAUUGGAUAUUGCUGAUGCUUUAUUGUAUUUUGAAACAUUAUCAUUGUGUCAUCGAGAUGUUGCAGCUAGAAAUGUUGUAAUUACAGAAGGAUUUAUUGCAAAAUUAUGCGAUUUCGGUUAUACAUGUACACAAGAAGAAUUAAAUAAUGGAUAUAUGGAAAUGGAUAAAGAUUACUUAGCAAUAAGAUGGAUGGCACCAGAGUGUUUGACCACAGCGAAAUGUUAUACUUCAAAAUGUGAUGUUUGGUCGUACGGGAUUCUGUUGUGGGAAUUAUUCAGUUUGGGUAAUUCACCAUAUCCAGGAAUAGAUAAUGGACAAUUAAUUGAAUGGUUAAAUAGUGGUAAUCGUAAUACUAGACCAUAUCUAUCCACGAAUGCAAUCUACUUUUUAAUGCUAGAAUGUUGGUCACAAGAUCCUGACAGUCGUCCAACAUUUCAUGACAUAUGCAAUCGGAUUGCUAUGAUGAAAUCAAAUUAUGAUAACCUAAAGGAAACGAAUGAUUUAACGAAAGGAUAUGUUGAAUUGGUGUUGCAGCAAGAGGAUUACUUGCAACCUCGACAGUAUUUGAAUUAA